GCCUGGCUCGACGCUGGAGGGGGGAGAAGCAUCAUGGUUCAACGUGGGUCAAUUUUUUGUGAAUGAGGAGGGGAGAUUGUGGGGCCGCCGCCGCGGAGCACCGUCCCCGCCGCCGCCCGAGCCCGAGCCCGAGCCCGCGCGCCCGCCCUCGCCGCCGCCGCCGCCGCCCGAGCAGCCUCCCAGCCUGGGCCCCCGGCGGCGCCGCGGCCGCGUCCCGGCUGUCGCAGCCCGAGCCCGAGCCCGCGCGCCGGCGGGUGGCGGCGCAGGCUGAGGAGAUGCGGCGCGGAGCGCCGGAGCAGGGCUAGAGCCGGCCGCCGCCGCCCGCCGCGGUAAGCGCAGCCCCGGCCCGGCGCCCGCGGGCCAUUGUCCGCCGCCCGCCCCGCGCCCCGCGCAGCCUGCAGGCCUUGGAGCCCGCGGCAGGUGGACGCCGCCGGUCCACACCCGCCCCGCGCGCGGCCGUGGGAGGCGGGGGCCAGCGCUGGCCGCGCGCCGUGGGACCCGCCGGUCCCCAGGGCCGCCCGGCCCCUUCUGGACCUUUCCACCCGCGCCGCGAGGCGGCUUCGCCCGCCGGGGCGGGGGCGCGGGGGUGGGCACGGCAGGCAGCGGCGCCGUCCGCCGGUGCGGGGCCCGCGCCCCCCGAGCAGGUUCAUCUGCAGAAGCCAGCGGACGCCUCUGUUCUCCUUGUGGGUUACCUGGCUCAUGAGACCUUGCCGGCGAGGUUCGGCGCUUGAACGUCUGUGACCCAGCCCUCACUGUCCCGGUACUUGUAUGUGUUGGUGGGAGUUUGGAGCUCGUUGGAGCUAUCGUUUCCGUGGAAAUUUUGAGCCAUUUCGAAUCACUUAAAGGAGUGGACGUUGCUAGCAAUGAGCUCCCAAAGCCAUCCAGAUGGACUUUCUGGCCGAGACCAGCCAGUGGAGCUGCUGAAUCCUGCCCGCGUGAACCACAUGCCCAGCACGGUGGAUGUGGCCACGGCACUGCCUCUGCAAGUGGCCCCCUCGGCAGUGCCCAUGGACCUGCGCCUGGACCACCAGUUCUCACUGCCUGUGGCAGAGCCGGCCCUGCGGGAGCAGCAGCUGCAGCAGGAGCUCCUGGCGCUCAAGCAGAAGCAGCAGAUCCAGAGGCAGAUCCUCAUCGCCGAGUUCCAGAGGCAGCACGAGCAGCUCUCCCGGCAGCACGAGGCGCAGCUCCACGAGCACAUCAAGCAACAGCAGGAGAUGCUGGCCAUGAAGCACCAGCAGGAGCUGCUGGAACACCAGCGGAAGCUGGAGAGGCACCGCCAAGAGCAGGAGCUGGAGAAGCAGCACCGGGAGCAGAAGCUGCAGCAGCUCAAGAACAAGGAGAAGGGCAAAGAGAGUGCCGUGGCCAGCACAGAAGUGAAGAUGAAGUUACAAGAAUUUGUCCUCAAUAAAAAGAAGGCGCUGGCCCACCGGAAUCUGAACCACUGCAUUUCCAGCGACCCUCGCUACUGGUACGGGAAAACGCAGCACAGUUCCCUUGACCAGAGUUCUCCACCACAGAGCGGAGUGUCGACCUCCUAUAACCACCCUGUCCUGGGAAUGUACGACGCCAAAGAUGACUUCCCUCUUAGGAAAACAGCUUCUGAACCGAAUCUGAAAUUACGGUCCAGGCUAAAGCAGAAAGUGGCCGAAAGACGGAGCAGCCCCCUGUUACGCAGGAAAGACGGGCCAGUGGUCACUGCUCUAAAAAAGCGUCCGUUGGAUGUCACAGACUCCGCGUGCAGCAGCGCCCCAGGCUCCGGACCCAGCUCACCCAACAACAGCUCCGGGAGCGUCAGCGCGGAGAACGGUAUCGCGCCCACCGUCCCCAGCAUCCCGGCGGAGACGAGUUUGGCGCACAGACUUGUGGCGCGAGAAGGCUCGGCCGCUCCACUUCCCCUCUACACGUCACCAUCCCUGCCCAACAUCACGCUGGGCCUGCCUGCCACCGGCCCUUCCGCUGGCACGGCGGGCCAGCAGGACGCCGAGAGACUCGCCCUUCCCGCCCUCCAGCAGAGGCUCUCCCUUUUCCCCGGCACCCACCUCACUCCCUACCUGAGCACCUCGCCCUUGGAGCGGGACGGAGGGGCAGCGCACAGCCCUCUUCUGCAGCACAUGGUCUUACUGGAGCAGCCGCCGGCACAAGCGCCCCUCGUUACAGGCCUGGGAGCACUGCCCCUCCACGCACAGUCCUUGGUUGGUGCAGACCGGGUGUCCCCCUCCAUCCACAAGCUGCGGCAGCACCGCCCGCUGGGGCGCACCCAGUCAGCCCCGCUGCCCCAGAACGCCCAGGCUCUGCAGCACCUGGUCAUCCAGCAGCAGCAUCAGCAGUUUCUGGAGAAACACAAGCAGCAGUUCCAGCAGCAGCAACUGCACAUGAACAAGAUCAUUCCCAAGCCAAGCGAGCCAGGCCGGCAGCCGGAGAGCCACCCGGAGGAGACGGAGGAGGAGCUCCGUGAGCACCAGGCUCUGCUGGACGAGCCCUACCUGGACCGGCUGCCAGGGCAGAAGGAGGCGCACGCACCGGCCAGCGUGCAGGUGAAGCAGGAGCCCAUUGAGAGCGACGACGAAGAGGCGGAGCCCCCGCGGGAGGUGGAGCCGGGCCAGCGCCAGCCCAGUGAGCAGGAGCUGCUCUUCAGACAGCAAGCCCUCCUGCUGGAGCAGCAGCGGAUCCACCAGCUGAGGAACUACCAGGCAUCCAUGGAGGCCGCCGGCAUCCCCGUGUCCUUCGGUGGCCACAGGCCUCUGUCCCGGGCGCAGUCCUCACCCGCGUCUGCCACCUUCCCCGUGUCUGUCCAGGAGCCCCCCACCAAGCCAAGGUUCACGACAGGCCUUGUGUAUGACACGCUGAUGCUGAAGCACCAGUGCACCUGUGGGAGCAGCAGCAGCCACCCCGAGCACGCCGGGAGGAUCCAGAGCAUCUGGUCCCGCCUGCAGGAGACAGGCCUCCGGGGCAAAUGCGAGUGCAUCCGCGGACGCAAGGCCACCCUGGAGGAGCUGCAGACGGUGCACUCGGAAGCCCACACCCUCCUGUACGGCACGAACCCCCUCAACCGGCAGAAACUGGACAGUAAGAAACUUCUAGGCUCCCUCGCCUCCGUGUUCGUCCGGCUCCCCUGCGGUGGUGUUGGGGUGGACAGUGACACCAUAUGGAACGAGGUGCACUCGGCAGGGGCAGCCCGCCUGGCUGUGGGCUGCGUGGUAGAGCUGGUCUUCAAGGUGGCCACAGGGGAGCUGAAGAAUGGCUUUGCUGUGGUCCGCCCCCCUGGACAUCACGCGGAGGAGAGCACGCCCAUGGGCUUUUGCUACUUCAAUUCCGUGGCCGUGGCAGCCAAGCUUCUGCAGCAGAGGUUGAACGUGAGCAAGAUCCUCAUUGUGGACUGGGACGUGCACCAUGGAAACGGGACCCAGCAGGCUUUCUACAGCGACCCCAGCGUCCUGUACAUGUCCCUUCACCGCUACGACGAUGGGAACUUCUUCCCAGGCAGCGGGGCUCCUGACGAGGUGGGCACAGGGCCCGGCGUGGGUUUCAACGUCAACAUGGCUUUCACCGGCGGCCUGGACCCCCCCAUGGGAGACGCUGAGUACUUGGCGGCCUUCAGAACGGUGGUCAUGCCGAUCGCCAGCGAGUUUGCCCCGGACGUGGUGCUGGUGUCAUCAGGCUUCGACGCCGUGGAGGGCCACCCCACGCCUCUCGGGGGCUACAACCUCUCUGCCAGAUGCUUCGGGUACCUGACGAAGCAGCUGAUGGGCCUGGCUGGCGGCCGGAUUGUCCUGGCCCUCGAGGGAGGCCACGACCUGACCGCCAUUUGCGAUGCCUCCGAAGCAUGUGUUUCUGCCUUGCUGGGAAAUGAGCUUGAUCCUCUCCCAGAAAAGGUUUUACAGCAAAGACCCAAUGCAAACGCUGUCCGCUCCAUGGAGAAAGUCAUGGAGAUCCACAGCAAGUACUGGCGCUGCCUGCAGCGCGCAACCUCCACAGUGGGGCGUUCUCUGAUCGAGGCUCAGACUUGCGAGAACGAAGAAGCCGAGACGGUCACUGCCAUGGCCUCGCUGUCCGUGGGCGUGAAGCCUGCCGAAAAGAGACCAGACGAGGAGCCCAUGGAAGAGGAGCCGCCCCUGUAGCACUCCCUCGAAGCUGCUGUUCUCUUGUCUGUCUGUCUCUGUCUUGAAGCUCAGCCAAGAAACUUUCCCGUGUCACGCCUGCGUCCCACCGUGGGGCCCUCGGAGCACCCAGGGACACCCGGCGUGCGACAGCCACGGGAAGCCUUUCCGCCGCCCAGGCCCACAGGUCUCGAGAUGCACAUGCACGCCUGGGCGUGGCAGCCUCACGGAACACGGGACAGACGCCGGCGACGCGCAGACACACGGACAUGCGGAAGCCAAGCACACUCUGGCGGGUCCCGCGAGGGACGCCGUGGAAGAAAGAAGCCUGUGGCAACAGGCGGCCGAGCUGCCGAAUUCAGUUGACACGAGGCACAGAAAACAAAUAUCAAAGAUCUAAUAAUACAAAACAAACUUGAUUAAAACUGGUGCUUAAAGUUUGAUUAUUACCCACAACUCCACAGUCUCUGUGUAAACCACUCGACUCAUCUUGUAGCUUAUUUUUUUUUUAAAGAGGACGUUUUCUACGGCUGUGGCCUGCCUCUGUGAACCAUAGCGGUGUGUGGUGGGGGGUCUGCACCCGGGUGGGGGACAGAGUGACCUUUAAAGAAAACAAAACUGGACAGAAACAGGAAUGUGAGCCUGGGGGAGCUGGCUUGAGUUUCUCAAAAGCCAUCGGAAGAUGCGAGUUUGUGCCUUUUUUUUAUUGCUCUGGUGGAUUUUUGUGGCUGGGUUUUCUGAAGUCUGAGGAACAAUGCCUUAAGAAAAAACAAACAGCAGGAAUCGGUGGGACAGUUUCCUGUGGCCAGCCGAGCCUGGCAGUGCUGGCACCGCGAGCUGGCCUGACGCCUCAAGCACGGGCACCAGCCAUCAUCUCCGGGGCCAGGGGCUGCAGCCCGGCGGUCCCUGUUUUGCUUUAUUGCUGUUUAAGAAAAAUGGAGGUAGUUCCAAAAAAGUGGCAAAUCCCGUUGGAGGUUUUGAAGUCCAACAAAUUUUAAACGAAUCCAAAGUGUUCUCACACGUCACGUAACGAUUGAGCAUCUCCAUCUGGUCGUGAAGCAUGUGGUAGGCACAGUUGCAGUGUUACGAUCGGAAUGCUUUUUAUUAAAAGCAAGUAGCAUGAAGUAUUGCUUAAAUUUUAGGUAUAAAUAAAUAUAUAUAUGUAUAAUAUAUAUUCCAAUGUAUUCCAAGCUAAGAAACUUGAUUCUUAUGAAAUCUUGAUAAAAUAUUUAUAAUGCAUUUAUAGAAAAAGUAUAUAUAUAUAUAUAUAUAAAAUGAAUGCAGAUUGCAAAGGUCCCUGCAAACGGAUGGCUUGUGAAUUUGCUCUCAAGGUGCUUAUGGAAAGGGAUCCUGAUUGAAAUUCAUGUUUUCUCAAGCUCCAGAUUGGCUAGAUUUCAGAUCGCCAACACAUUCGCCACUGGGCAACUACCCUACAAGUUUGUACUUUGAUUUUAAUUAUUUUCUAACAGAACCCCUCCCGUCUCCAAGCCUUCAUGCACAUAUGUACCUAAUGAGUUUUUAUAGCAAAGAAUAUAAAUUUGCUGUUGAUUUUUGUAUGAAUUUUUUCACAAAAAGAUCCUGAAUAAGCAUUGUUUUAUGAAUUUUACAUUUUUCCUCACCAUUUAGCAAUUUUCUGAAUGGUAAUAAUGUCUAAAUCUUUUUCCUUUCUGAAUUCUUGCUUGUACAUUUUUUUUUUACCUUUCAAAGGUUUUUAAUUAUUUUUGUUUUUAUUUUUGUACGAUGAGUUUUCUGCAGCGUACGGAAUUGUUGCUGUCAGAGUUUAUUUUCAGAAAGUGAGAGGAGGGACUGUAGGUCUUUUUGGAGUGACACCGAUUGUGUCUUUCCUGGUCUGUCCUAGGAGCUGUAUAAAGAAGCCCAGGGGCUCUUUUUGACCUUCAACACUAGUAGUAUUACGAGGGGAGGUGUAUUUUUCCCCUCCGUGGCAAGGGCAGGGAGGGUCGCUUAGGAUGCCCGGCCACCCUGGGAGGCUCGCCAGAUGCCGGGGGCAGUCAGCGUUAAUGAAACUCAUGUUUAAACUUCUCUGACCACAUUGUCAGGAUAGAAUUCUAACUAACUUCAGUUUUCCAAAGACCUUUUGAGCAUGUCAGCAAUGCAUGGGGCACACGUGGGGCUCUUUACCCACGGGUUUUUCCACUGCAGCCACAUGGCCAGCCCUGGAUUUUGGAGCCUGUGGCUGCAAGGAACCCAGGGACCCUUGUUGCCUGGUGAACCUGCAGGGAGGGUAUGAUUUCCUGACCAGGACAGCCAGUCUUUACUCUUUUUCUCUUCAACAGUAACUGACAGUCACGUUUUACUGGUAACUUAUUUUCCAGCACAUGAAACCACCAGUUUCAUUCCAAAGUGUAUUGGGUUCAGACUUGUGGGCAGAAGUUCAGACACACCGUGCUCAGGAGGGACCCAGAGCCGAGUUUUGGAGUCUGGUAAAGUUUACAGGGUAGCUUCUGAAAUUAACUCAAACUUUUGACCAAAUGAGUGCAGAUUCUUGGAUUCACUUGGUCACUGGGCUGCUGAUGGUCAGCUCUGAGACAGUGGUUUGAGAGCAGGCAGAACGGUCUUAGGACUUGUUUGACUUUCCCCUCCCUAGUGGCCACUCUUUGCUCUGAAGCCCAGAUUGGCAAGAGGAGCUGGUCCGUUCCCCAUUCAUGGCACAGAGCGGUGGCAGGGCCCAGCUAGCUGGCUCUUCUGGCCUCCUUGGCCUCAUUCUCUGCACAGUCCUCUGGGGAUCCUGCCACCUGCCCUCUUACCCCGCCAUGGCUUAUGGGGAGGAAUGCAUCAUCUCACUUUUUUUUUUUAAGCAGAUGAUGGGAUAACAUGGACUGCUCAGUGGCCAGGUUAUCACUGGGGGGACUUAAUUCUAAUCUCAUUCAAAUGGAGACACCCUCUGCAAAGGCCUGGCACGGGGAGGCACCUUUCAUCUGUCAGCUCACUCCAGCUUCACAAAUGUGCUGAGAGCAUUACUGUGUAGCCUUUUCUUUGAAGACACACCCGGCCCUUCUCCACAGCAAGUGUCCAGGGCAGAUGGCAGAGGAUCUGCCUCGGCAUCUGCAGGCGGGACCACGUCAGAGAGGGUUUCUUCGUGUGUUCUCCCUGUGGGUCCUUGGACCUUUAGCCUUUUUCUUCCUUUGCAAAGGCCUUGGGGGCACUGGCUGGGAGUCAGCAAGCGAGCACUUUAUAUCCCUUUGAGGGAAACCCCGAUGACGCCACUGGGCCUCUUGGCGUCUGCCCUGCCCUCGCGGCUUCCCGCCAUGCCGCAGCGUGCCCACGUGCCCAUGCCCCACCAGCAGGCGGCUGUCCCAGAGGCUGUGGCCCGCUGGGACCGGCCGCCCCUCCCCAGCAUCCCAGGGCUCUGGUUCUGGAGGGCCACUUUGUCAAGGUGUUUCCGUUUUUCUUUACUUCUUUUGAAAAUCUGUUUGCAAGGGGAAGGACCAUUUCAUAAUUGGUCUGACACAAAAGCAAGUUUGAUUUUUGCAGCACUAGCAAUGGACUUUGUUGUUUUUCUUUUUGAUCAGAACAUUCCUUCUUUACUGGUCACAGCCAUGUGCUCAUUCCAUUCUUCUUUUUGUAGACUUUGGGCCCACGUGUUUUAUGGGCAUUGAUACAUAUAUAAAUAUAUAGAUAUAAAUAUAUAUGAAUAUAUUUUUUUAAGUUUCCUACACCUGGAGGUUGCAUGGACUGUACGACCGGCAUGUCUUUAUAUUGUAUACAGAUUUUGCACGCCAAACUCGGCAGCUUUGGGGAAGAAGAAAAAUGCCUUUCUGUUCCCCUCUCAUGACAUUUGCAGAUACAAAAGAUGGAAAUUUUUCUGUAAAACAAAACCUUGAAGGAGAGGAGGGGGGGAAGUUUGCGUCUUAUUGAACUUAUUCUUAAGAAAUUGUACUUUUUAUUGUAAGAAAAAUAAAAAGGACUACUUAAACAUUUGUCAUAUUAAGAAAAAAAGUUUAUCUAGCACUUGUGACAUACCAAUAAUAGAGUUUAUUGUAUUUAUGUGGAAACAGUGUUUUAGGGAAACUACUCAGAAUUCACAGUGAACUGCCUGUCUCUCUUGAGUUGAUUUGGAGGAAUUUUGUUUUGUUUUGUUUUGUUUGUUUCCUUUUAUCUCCUUCCACGGGCCAGGCGAGCGCCACCCGCCCUCACUGGCCUUGUGACGGUUUAUUCUGAUUGAGAACUGGGAGGACUCGAAAGAGUCCCCUUUUCCGCACAGCUGUGUUGACUUUUUAAUUACUUUUAGGUGAUGUAUGGCUAAGAUUUCACUUUAAGCAGUCGUGAACUGUGCGAGCACUGUGGUUUAAAAUUAUACUUUGCAUCGAAAGGAAACCAUUUCUUCAUUGUAACGAAGCUGAGCUUGUUCUUAGCUCGGCCUCACUUUGUCUCUGGCAUUGAUUAAAAGUCUCCUAUUGAAAGAAAAAGCAAGCGAACAGUUUUUGUUUGUUUGGUUUUUUUGCUGUGUGUGUUCCAUAGUGGAGGCGCUGUAUUUUCCUUGAUAAGAAUGACAAACAUAUAUAAUCUAUCUAUCUAUCUGUCUAUCUAUAAAGGGGGCUUGAACCUUACUCACCCAAGAGCUUCUUACGGAAUGCGGUAGAAAACCAAGUUGUAACGACACUGUAACCUGCCUGAUGCCUGUUCGCGCCCGGCGUGAGCUGCGCACUGGCCGUGGCCACCAUUCACCUCUGUAAUUUAAUCCGUUUCUCUUGGAUUGUCUGGACGUGCCCGAUGGUUCUUUCUUUUGCUCAGUGGAGUUGGAGGUUUUGUGUUUGGUUUUCUCAUUCUUGUCUUGUUUUGUGUGAGUGGAUUUUCACUGACCAAUGAUAUCCUCUUCUGAUGGUCAACUUCUUUCCACUUCACUGGAGUCCAGUAUUCUGUACCACAUCACGCAACGUGUUAUCUUGUGGUGUAAAUAAAGACUGCGUUACUUGCCCUCCCA